AUGCCUGAUGAGCCCUUCCGCUUCCUUGACCUCCCCAAGGAGGAAAUUCACGAAGAGGCAGCGCCACUCGUCCACCAAACGAUCCGAAAUUUCAUCCUUGAGGCAUCGCCCAAGGUUGCAGGCAGCAUUGAUCCCUACACCCACGCCAAGUCCCUAGCACCGAUUGUAAGAGCUGCGGCACGCGACUUUGAUCACCUCCGCUCAAGACUCGAUCUCGUUCCAGUUGGCCAACACGCUGCCCCGGAAACUCUUGUCGACUACGAGAGCAGAACAUCCAAGUUCCUCCAAGACCUCGCCGAAGCUCGCAAAACCACUGCGGAUUGGGAUUUAUCAGACUUGCCCGAAAAAUAUCUUGUGAACGAGAUCGUAUUCUUACCCGGCAGCAUAGAUAAAAUUGUAUCCUCUUUGCCGAACUACCGGUUUAGCGAUGCUGAAAAACGCACGAUACGCACCUUCAUCACCACGGCCUCGAUACAACUCCUCUACCACCACAUCAAGCGUCUGUCCCGCCCUACACUCAGCAACCCCACCAUCGAGUUCGUACGCAUCUGGGAUCGCCAGGCAAUAGCCGAGAUAUCAGAAGUCUACUACACACGUCAUCAGUGGUGCGAGAUGGACUUUGUGACGGCCUUCAAUAUUAUGGGUCGGGGUUUCCGCUCCAAGUGCUACGACUUCGGCGUCAAUAUCCAACUCGCGGGAAGCCGUUGCUAA